UCCGACCGAUCACUCAAAUUCUCAAAUCCACUAGCCUUAAUUCCGCGAAAAUGGGAGUGAAUGUGCCGAAAAUCAAGCUCGGGUCGGAGGGCCUUGAGGUGUCCAAACAAGGGCUGGGGUGCAUGGGCAUGUCGGCUUUCUACGGGCCGCCGAAGCCCGAGCCCGAUAUGAUCAAACUCAUCCACCACGCCAUCAACUCCGGCGUCACCUUUCUCGAUACCUCCGACAUGUACGGUCCCCACACCAACGAUGUCCUAAUCGGAAAGGCUUUGAAAGGGGGAAUGAGGGAAAAAGUGCAACUUGCUUCCAAGUUUGGGGUAGUUAAUCAGGAUGGCAAGAGGGAGAUUCGUGGUGACCCUGCAUAUGUCAGGUCGGCAUGUGAAUCAAGCUUGAAGCGUCUUGAUGUUGAUUGCAUUGAUCUCUAUUAUGUUCAUCGGAUUGACACUCGUGUGCCCAUUGAAAUCACAAUGGGGGAACUUAAGAAACUGGUUGAAGAAGGAAAAAUAAAAUACAUUGGCCUUUCAGAGGCCUCUCCUUCAACAAUUAGAAGGGCUCAUGCUGUUAAUCCAAUUACUGCUGUUCAAAUCGAAUGGUCACUGUGGUCAAGAGAUGUGGAAGAAGAAUUGAUUCCUACAUGCAGAGAACUUGGUAUUGGACUUGUGCCAUAUAGUCCACUUGGACGCGGCUUCCUUUCAGUAGGACCCAAGAUGUUAGAGAAUGCAUCGAAGGGCGACUUUCGUAAGGCCUUUUGUCCGAGGUUCUAUGACGAAAAUCUUGAAAGCAACAGGAUCAUAUACGAAAAGAUAUGUGACAUGGCUACAAGUAAAGGUUGCAGCCCAUCUCAACUGGCGUUGGCUUGGGUUCAUCACCAAGGAGAUGAUGUGUCUCCUAUACCGGGCACCACCAAGAUUGACAACUUCAACGACAAUAUCAGAGCCCUCUCUGUGAAACUAACUCCGGAAGAGAUGACUCAACUCUCUACUUUGGCUGAUAAUGUCAAGGGAGAACGGUAUGCUUCCAUGGCCAGCACAUGGAAAAACACAGACACGCCCUCGUUGGAAUUGCGGAAAGCCGAGGCCUGAUAUGCGUGAGACCACCUGCUCUUUCCAUGUCUGGACUACAAUUAUUCCUCUAGUAUUGUUAACUACAUGAAAAUCUGCUUACUUCCUUACAUGAAAAUCUUAUGCUCUCUUGCAUAAGCUUGUUAGCAAAUAUGAG